UGAAAACGGCAUCACGUUUCCUGUGUUGAAUUUGUGUAGUAACUAAUAACUAAAAAAUAAUAAUAAAUCGACUUAUGUGUAUAGUUACUACAUCCGGGAGAUGCGCGUCCCUGGAGACCGGCGCGCGCACUGUAAACAAACCGACAACACACCGCCGGACAGCGAGCAGUUCGCAGUGUGUGUGAGACUCGUUUACUGUAAUAUGACUUUAGUUGUGUUUAUUUGCGGCUUGAUCAAGUCGACAUGUUCGUGUUCUGAGUAAUUUGAUCAUAUUUCACUUGAAUACCGCUGUAAUGACUCAACUGCUGUACAUGUGUGUGAAUGUUGUGUUGUAGAAGCUUCUGGUGAGAUGGAGGAUAUUUAUCAGACUCUCACGGACGCAGAGGAUCCGCGUGAGAAGGGGAACACUGGCUCUCCAGCAGAGAAGCUGCUCUCAGAUCAAGUGUGUGUGGACUGUAUGGACAUAACGAAGGGUUGUUUGGAGAACAUCUCUCGCCCGGCCUCCGGUGCAGCUCCUCUCUCUCUCUCUGAGAUCAGGAGAACGAGUCGAGAGCGUCCCGGAUCCCUGGAGCUGCUCAGCCCGGACCUCACACACACACAGGCUCAGGGCAGCGCAGCAGAAAACAGCUCUGAUCGAGACGAGUCCGAUGAGGAGAAUGAAGAUCCGGAGCUGGGAAAAGCCAUCCGGAGAAUGAAGAGACUGGACCGGAUUCUGGCUCUCAAGGCGUCAGCGGAGAGAGAGGUGAAGCAGAGGAGCAGAGACCAGCAGCAGAGACUCUGGGGCGAGCUAGAGCUACAGAGUCUCAGGAUGAGCCGCAACGAGACGGAAAACACCAGACGCUUCCUGGCUCUGACACCCGACAGCUCUCAUGCCUGUGAGGACGUGGAGUUCGUCCCCGUGUUCGAGACGGAGGUUCUGGAUCUGAAGUGCGACACACACACGAGACACGAGACGGGCGAACGCACACAGCUGGAGUGUGUCGGUCAGCAGGUGACGGAUGCUCAGGCUCCAGACAGCAGACGGGACAGCAAGCGCAGACAAGACUUCGUCCAGAGGAAUAUUGAGCUUGCAGGAGCGUCAGGGAACUCAGUCUUGCUCACACAACAGGAGAGAGAGAGAAUAGAGGAACUACUGAGAGAUCUGGAGGAAGAACAGAGUGAUCCUGAACUACUGACUGAUCCUCAGCACACACACACACACACACAACAGGAGAGAGAGAGAAUAGAGGAACUACUGAGAGAUCUGGAGGAAGAACAGAGUGAUCCUGAACUACUGACUGAUCCUCAGGCGUUCCCGUCGUCUCUCGCAGCCGGUGAAGGUUUCAGUCCCGACCCGUCUGAACUCCACAGUCUCCGCCACAUCGACUCCAGGCUCCAGCUGCUACUUCCUGUUCAUCACUUCCUGUCUGUGGGCAGCCGCUGUUCAGAACACACUCCGUCUCAGGGGAGUCUGGAGGAGGACGCCGGUGACCGAGUCCUGUGGGACGCGAGAUUGAGACGAGAAGAAGAGAAACGCCUGAGAGAAAUCCAGCAGGAGCUGCAGAUCCUGGAGGAGAGAAGCGCGUCGUGUCUGUCGGAGGAUGAUCUGAGGAAUCUCCUGCUGGAGUGUGAAGACGAGCUCCUCCGAUCUCCUGCUCCCGGGACGCCUCCAGCUGACGCACCGAGGGACUCAACACUGGGAUAA